AUGAAUAUUUAUGAAAUCAAUCCUCUGCUUGAACUACUGGACCAGUGGUAUGAAAACAUAGUCUCCAAAAAAAAGAAGACAUAUCCAUUUAAAUAGAUAAAAUAAAAUGAAAACCACAAAGCGAUUGAAUAUGAAUUCAAUAUUGAAAAUGGUCCACAAAUCAAUUGGAAUAUCAUAAACUAAAUCAUGAAGCCAAUUGAGAAAUAAUUUUAGAAGAACUAAGAAACAAAUGAAGAUGUUCACUUUAAAUUCCAAAUGCUCAGACCAAGCAAAGGACCAGGCAAUAAUGUGCUUAAAACUUUAGAUUAAGUAAGAAUGGAAAUGAAUAAACAAAUUCUAAAUAGUUUGCUAUUACUAAAAGUCACUAAAAAGCUUGAUAAGUUAUAAAUCAAUAGAAAACACAAGACUAAUUGGAACAUUCAAAAUAUGGAUGAAGAACCGACUCAAGUAUUUAGCGAUUAAUCUCAUGAUCUUAAUAAAAGACUUUAAAUAAUUUUAGAGGGAUUACAGAAUAUUUUAGUAAGCAUAAUAUAUUGA